UUACUUUUGACUGGCAGAGCUUGAGGCCAAUCGGAGCGCUGCAUUGCCUGAGGAAUGUUGUUCAUUGAGCCAAUCAGAGACGCGCGGGGGCGGGGCUUCCCGCAGUUUCCAAUGUUUGGGAAAAGUUGUGCGCUAAACGGAAAUGGAAAAACAAAACUGCGCUUUUCUUUUCGUCCAGUCAUGAGAUAUUUACAAACACAUUUGCACUUUUGUAGUUAUUUAUGGUGUUUAUAGUCAUUGGUAUGAAACUGUAUUCAAUAAUAGUCUUAAACGGAGUUUAGUCAGUGAGAUUAAUGUAUGGGAUUGUGAUCAGAUCAGGGAGUUUGGAAAUGGACGGAUGGAUCGACGGAUGGUUUGUGAUUUUGAACGCGCUGAUAUUUAUCGCGCGAGCUGAAGAUGCUGCGCGUUCUCGUGCGCGCACACACAACAGAUCAACAGCUGCUCGAUCAGACAUCGUCCGAUCCAACCAUCAUGUGGAGAAGUUCCAGCGCAAAAAAGAGAUGAGGCGAAGUAUCAGCUCUUCAGAGCAGUACACUGAUGACGUCAUCUCGGGUCAGUGGGCGGAUCAGAGAACCACGAGAAAUGCGUCACAUCGGAGCGCGGCAAAGCCUUCAGUGUUUGGAGUCUCGUUCCUCAAGUGCGCUCAGGUGGAUGCAGGAAGUGGAACUCCACAGGUGCGAGUGACGCUGGUGGUCAGGAACCCUGAGGAGGGUCAUGACCUCUCGCAGCUCUGCAUUCGUGACUCUGUGUCUGACGUCAUACUGCAGCAGACCAACGGGAGCGUUCAGGAGAGAGGAUACCAGACCUUCAGCAAAGACACACUGCCCGCUGGCUCUCAGUAUGAGUUUUCGUACAGGAUGAGCGUCAAAGAAAACAGGAAGCAGGUUUUGACAUUACCAGCGUUUCUGACCUUCUCCAAUGCCACUCAGAAUGACAUUCAUCUGUUUGGUCCAGUGGUGGCUAAUUUCACUCUGAGGGUAAACACCACUGAGCAGGUGGAUGUGGAUCGCUCUCUUCUCUUCCUGUUCUUCUUGGGUUCGUUCCUCCUGACGCUCCUGCUGGCGUCUCUCAGUGUUGUCAGUGUGAAGCUCCUCCGGCGCAGACGUCUGCUCAGCUGCACUGCGCACACGAGAAGCAGCGUGAAUGAAGAGGCGGGGCCGUACGAGGGAGCGUGUGACAUCACUGCGUCAGCCAAUGAGGAGGCAGCAUUUGAGGAUAAAUUUGUGGAUGUCUUGAUGUUGGAGGAUCCACAAAACAUGAUGCAGGCGCUUGACAGUCUGAACGUGUCGACGCUGUCGCGCGCCGCCGUGGCGCUGGAGCGUGCGCGGGUCCAGAUGUUUAAAGGGCUGGUGUCGGUGCUGCUGGCUGGCGUCGGCGCGGCGGGGCGUCUGAGCGUUCGGGCCGAGAGGCGUGUUCUCGGGGUCGUGCACGGGCAGAUCGUGGGCAUGGAAGGGAAAGUCCAGGAGGAGCACGUGGCUCGGAUGGCGGCGCUCGCGGCUCAGUGUAACCUGGAGACGCAGGAGGAGAUGGAGUCGCUGCAGCACAAACACAUGAGCGAAGCGGCGCACGCGGAACGACUGCUUCAACACGCGCCGCAGAAACAGGACGUGCCGGAUCUUCGCGCUCUGCUGGAGGAGCUUCAUGAGCAGGAGCAGAAGCGUCUGCAGAAGCGGCUGCAGGUCAGACAUGAACACGCGUCUGCGCAGGCACAGAGGCAGCAGGCGCUGCGGCGUCGGACGGAGCUGCACAAGAUCUUGGGCGAGGAGCUGGAGGAGGCCGUCAGAACGGGAGAGCUGGAGAAAACCACCGCCAGCAAACUCCUGCUGCAGUACUACAGCUGUCAGGACGCUCUGGAGGAGGGGCUUGAUGUCCUUCUGGCCAAUCAGAGAGCGCUGCUGGCCGAGCGACACGUGCAGCGCUGCUUCCUGGCGCAGAGUUUACAGAGUCUUCAGGCCAUGACGAGCGACGCCUUCAGCAGCAGCGCCGGACGCAUCAGAGACGCUCGAGCACACGGAGAGUGUUCUGAUGUUCAGCUGGAGAUUCUGCACGUCAAACAGAAUUUAGAAGAAACUGUGUGUCGUGAGCGCAGCGCAAUUCGCUGUGACAUCAUCAAGAGGAGACGACAGCUCCUGUCAGAGAAGGUGUGUGAACACUGGCGUCAGCUGCAGGCCGUCUGUGGUUCCUCUGACAUCACAGUGAAUCAGUACCUGCAGAAAUGGACUGAACUGCUGAUGUUUCAGAACAAUGAACUGUCAGAACUCAUCAAUCACCUGGACGAAGAGACCGCAGCCAGAACACGCAAGGUGAGUCUGUGUGUGCUGCAGACGUCACUGGCGGAGCUGAAGGCGGCGUCUCCGGGAUCUGCACGAUUGCUGCCGCAGACGGAGGCGAUUCAGGAGCGUCUGCAGCGGAGGGGUAAAGCGGCGGCCCGCGAGCUGCGAUCCGCUCAGAGCCGCGUCCGACAGCAGCAGCGGCAAGAGCUGCAGGAUCAGAGGCGCAUCAGAGACGCCUUCAGAGAAUACUGCAGCGCUCUGUGUGUGUGUCAGCGCUCUCUCUCGCAUGAGCAGCGUCUGUGUCUGCAGCUGGAGUGUGUGAACGCCGCGUGUCGUCUGGAUCGAUGUCUUGUGCUGCAUCACGCCAUCUGUGAGCUCGAACGGCUCGGCUCAGACGCCAGUGACCCCGCCGUGACCCUCAGUGACCCCACCGUGACCCCUGCAGGCUCAGAGACAGAGAGGUCAUCAGAGGUCACAGAGCUGCAGUGUUUCCAGAGGCGCCUGCAGGAGAGACUGCGACCGCAGCGGAGCGACACGCAGAACGACACGCGGCAGAGGGAGGCGUGUGUGUUUCAGGAAGAGCAGCUGCGCGUGUGUCAGGAGCGUGUGGCCGUGUUUGUGGCGUCGCUGCAGUGGGAACAUGCGGAGAAGAAAGCCAAAGUGACGGAGACACAUGCAGCCCUGCUGAAACUACAGACACUCGUCACUGCAGAGCUACACACCAGUGACGUCACACACGCCAUCCACACACACCGCCUGGCUCUGGAGGAGGCGGAGCUCCGGCUUCAGCAGGAGGCGGUGAUGUGGGAGGAGUCAGCAGAGGGGCGCGGCUGUUGCUCAGAUGAUGAUGACGAUGAUGAAGAGGACAUGUUUGCAGUGAAGGCUGACAGUGGCGUCUCGGUUCUCCUGCAGGAGGCGCUCUUCAAGAGAGAGCAGCUGCAGCGCUCGACUGACAGGUGCCAAUCAAACCUGUUUACACCUGUCAGAGUUCUGAGGAGGAAUCAGACACUCGAGCAUCACAAAGAGCGACUGCAGCUGAAGAGGCUUCAGACGUACUGUGAGCAGGAUCUGGCGUUUACAGCAGCGUUGGUCAAACAGGCUCUGAUGGCUGUUCCUGAUCUCCACAUGGUCCUGCGUCUCCUGCUGCCUACAGUACCUGAAGGAGAACUGCUGUCACUCAUAGACGCACUAGGACCCGUAGCAGGGGGAGGAUCAGGAUGCGCGUCUCUGGCAGACGGACUGAAACACGAGGUGCUGAGCAGAAAUCUGUCUCAAUCUCAACACAGAGACAGAGACAGGUUCCUAAAGAAGCGCCAGAAGCUCCUUGACAAGCUUUUGUCUGCCGGAGGUUCUGAAGACAUUCAUGAGACUCGGAGGAGACGACGGCGCGUCCGAGAUCUUCCUGUGCCGGAACCUUCCAGCCUGCAGCUGAUGGAGGAGACGGAGGCGGGCCGCAUGACGAGGGAUGAUAAUGAGGGGGUGUGUCCCGUGGGCGUGGCUCAGGACAGUUUCGUCUCUAUGAGGGAUGGUAAUGAGGGGGCGUGGCCGGUGGGUGUGGCUCAGGACAGUUUCGUCUCUAUGAGGGAUGGUAAUGAGGGGGCGUGGCCUGUGGGCGUGGCUCAGGACAGUCUCGUCUCAUCGGAGCGCCUGUUUGUUUUCCGCUGUGCUCCACCUACAGCGCAGCAGCAAACACAAAACUCUCGCUCACGCAAGAAGAAACGCAAUUUCCUGAACUUUAAGAAAGCCAGUGUGGCUCCACAACAACACACAUGACAACUACACCGCAAGGCAUUAUGGGAACAUAAUUAUAACAGUGUGUUUCUCUGUAUGUAUUGUUGUUUUAUCAUGGGCGGCUCGUCAGCGUUCUGAUGUUGGUGUCUGCUGAGAGUUGAUUGGUUGUUUCCUGUAUGCAUCCAGUGACAUCAUGUUUGUUUCUUUGUCAGUCAUUUUCCUUCAUAAACUCCCAGCGAUGGUGAAAUCAUCAGCUCAGACGAUCGGCUGGUGCGACAAAAGUACAAAUUAAAAGUCCUUUGACCCUCCAGCUUCAUAUUUACACUCAAUUUUAUUGAAAAGAAAAAGGUUUUCUAUUGAACUUAAAAAUUGAUCAUUUGAAAAGCGCCAUGAAAUUAAAUCUGUUUUUAAUUUCUGAUCCUCA